CUGGUGAUUAAUCCUCCAACCUUUUGCUGUUGUGAUGCUCGCAGGAGAGACAGAGACCGAGACAGGGACCGAGAGGACCGUUCGAGGGACAGGGAUCGAGAUCGGGACCGGGACAGAGACAGAGACCGGGAGAGAGACAUAAAGCCCUCCGUUGCCCCGUCUAACACCACAGCAGCAAUGCCUGUUUUACAACCGUUCAGGCAGAUGGUUGUCCACCAGCAGAUCAAUCCUUUCACCAACCUGCCGCACACGCCGCGCUUCUACGAGAUCCUGAAGAAGAGGUUGCAACUUCCUGUGUGGGAGUACAAGGAAAGCUUUACUGAAAUCAUCACACGUCAACAGAGCUUUGUCCUCGUCGGAGAGACAGGUUCAGGAAAGACAACACAGAUCCCACAGUGGUGCGUGGACAUGGUGCGGGGUUUGCCGGGUCCCAAACGGGCAGUGGCUUGUACUCAGCCAAGAAGAGUGGCUGCCAUGAGUGUGGCUCAAAGGGUGGCUGAUGAAAUGGAUGUCAUGCUUGGACAGGAAGUUGGCUAUUCCAUCAGGUUUGAGGACUGCAGCUCUGCCAAGACCAUCCUAAAGUACAUGACAGACGGUAUGUUACUGAGAGAGGCCAUGAAUGACCCCCUGCUGGAGCGAUACGGCGUGAUCAUUCUGGACGAAGCCCACGAGCGAACUCUUGCCACAGAUAUCCUGAUGGGUGUGCUGAAAGAGGUGGUUCGUCAGAGAUCAGAUCUGAAGGUAAUUGUCAUGAGCGCCACGCUUGAUGCUGGGAAGUUCCAGGUGUACUUCGACAACUGCCCUCUGCUGACUAUCCCGGGGCGCACUCAUCCCGUGGAGAUCUUUUACACCCCCGAACCGGAGCGAGACUACCUCGAGGCAGCUAUCCGCACCGUCAUACAGAUUCACAUGUGCGAGGAGGACGAAGGCGACUGCCUGCUCUUCCUCACAGGCCAAGAGGAAAUUGACGAGGCCUGCAAGCGGAUCAAGCGCGAGGUCGAUGACCUCGGCCCCGAAGUCGGAGACAUCAAAAUCAUUCCACUGUAUUCCACGUUGCCCCCACAGCAGCAGCAGAGGAUCUUUGAGCCGCCUCCCCCAAGGAAGCCCAAUGGUGCCAUUGGACGAAAGGUGGUGGUGUCCACAAACAUUGCCGAGACGUCUCUCACAAUCGACGGUGUGGUGUUUGUAAUUGAUCCUGGUUUUGCCAAACAAAAGGUGUACAACCCCCGAAUCCGAGUGGAGUCUCUGCUGGUCACAGCCAUCAGUAAAGCCUCUGCCCAGCAGAGGGCAGGACGAGCCGGCAGAACACGUCCAGGGAAAUGUUUCCGCCUCUACACAGAGAAGGCCUACAAAACUGAGAUGCAGGCAAGUUUAGUCUCUUCAGGACAAAAGUAUUCUGCAUGUGGCGCCAUGCCAGCUGCAGACUCAUGUGUGUUUGGUGAUAACACGUACCCUGAGAUUCUUAGGUCCAAUUUGGGAUCCGUUGUGCUGCAGCUGAAAAAGCUGGGUAUCGAUGACCUCGUGCACUUUGACUUCAUGGAUCCACCAGGCGAGUCUUUCAGCAUGGCCCCCGAGACUCUGAUGAGGGCUCUGGAGCUGCUGAACUAUCUGGCCGCCCUCAACGAUGACGGUGACCUGACAGAGCUGGGCUCCAUGAUGGCAGAGUUCCCCCUGGACCCUCAGCUCGCAAAGAUGGUCAUUGCGAGCUGCGAGUUUAACUGCUCCAAUGAGAUCCUCUCCAUCACGGCCAUGCUGUCAGUCCCACAGUGUUUUGUCCGUCCCACGGAGGCUAAGAAGGCAGCCGACGAGUCCAAGAUGAGGUUUGCCCACAUUGACGGGGACCACUUGACGCUGCUCAACGUCUACCACGCCUUCAAACAGAAUCAUGAGGCUAACCAGUGGUGCUAUGACAACUUUGUCAACUACCGCUCGCUGAUGUCUGCUGACAACGUGCGUCAGCAGCUGUCCAGAAUCAUGGACCGCUUCAACCUGCCCCGCCGGAGCACAGAGUUCACCAGUAGAGAUUACUACAUCAACAUUCGACGGGCGCUGUGCACCGGCUUCUUCAUGCAGGCAAGCCAUUACCUCACAGUAAAAGACAACCAAGUGGUCCAGCUGCACCCGUCUACAGUUCUGGACCACAAGCCCGAGUGGGUGCUCUACAAUGAGUUUGUCCUCACCACCAAGAACUACAUCCGCACUUGUACAGACAUCAAGCCUGAGUGGCUGGUGAAGAUUGCACCACAGUACUAUGAAAUGAGUAACUUCCCCCAAUGUGAAGCUAAAAGACAGCUGGAGCGAAUUGUUGCCAAACUCGAAAGCAAAGAGUAUUCUCAGUACUGA